AGAGAAAAAUACAAUAGUGAAAAUAGCAAUAACGAAGCCUUAUUUAGUCUAGAUAUCUUAUUCAUCGGAAUGGAUAUUCAAUAUAAGGCAGCAUUGCUAUUGGAAAUGGCUUUAGAGGAUUCAGAUGAUGAGGAUUUGAACCGUGUAUUUUAUUCAUCUUCAAGCGAUGACGAAGAGGAAACUGUAAAGAACUUGCAUGCUGCUUUGAUCUUAAACAAACAAAGAAAAAAAAUGGACAGAAGACCUCGGAUUGAAGGCUUUAUAGAAAAAAUUGUUCCAGGAUAUACAGCACAAGAAUUUAAAACACAUUUUCGAUUACUUCCGACAACCUUUGACCAUGUUUUACAGUUAAUUGGACCAAGUUUGAUUUCUACAAAGUCAGUUGCAGGUAGAAAGCCUAUUCCAGCAGAAAAGCAGUUACUGAUGGCUCUUUGGAUGAUGGCUACACCAGACUCGUACAGGUAUUGCAAUAGAUAUAUCUAA